GUGUGUUUUCCCCCAGGAUCUGCUCGGCGGUUCUGAUAUGGGCAGUAAGACUCUCCCGGCCCCGGUGCCGCUUCACCCGGCGCUGUUCCUGCAGUUCCCCGCGGGCGCGGAUCCCCGGUACGGGCUUAACACCGGCCACAGCGUGAUCCACCACUGGGCCCUCGGGUACCCGCAGAUCCCGGGGCUCCUGGACCCGCGCUUCGCGUUCACCGCGACGCUUCCCUUCGCCGCGCAUCUGUUCCCCAAACACGGAUCGGUGACGCGCGUCGUGCCCGCGCUGCACAAGGACAGACCGCGCUUCGACUUCGCCAACCUCGCGCUCGCGGCCACGCAGGAGGACCCGCCGAAACCGGGAGCGGAGCUGGGGACACUGGGAACACUGGGGAAACUGAGCCCGGACCGCAAGCCCGCGCGCGGGAGACUCCCGUCCAAGAGCAAAAAGGAAUUUAUUUGCAAGUUUUGCGGGAGACACUUUACAAAGUCCUACAAUCUGCUGAUCCACGAGCGCACACACACGGACGAGCGCCCGUACACCUGCGACAUCUGCCACAAGGCCUUCAGGAGACAAGACCACCUGCGGGACCACAGAUAUAUCCACUCCAAGGAGAAGCCCUUCAAGUGCCAGGAGUGCGGCAAGGGCUUCUGCCAGUCGCGGACUUUGGCGGUUCAUAAAACGUUGCACUUGCAGGAAUCUCCUCACAAAUGCCCGACAUGCGGAAGAACCUUUAAUCAAAGAAGUAACCUGAAAACUCACCUUCUCACCCAUACAGACCUCAAGCCUUUCUGCUGCCUCCGCUGCGGGAAAGAGUUCCGGCGCAACUGCGACCUGAGGCGCCACACACUCACACACACUCCUCACACACACACACUCUCCUCACACACUCUAACUAACACAGUCUGACACACACACACACACACACACACACACACACACACACACACACACACACACACACACACACACACACACACACACACACACACACACACACACACACACACACACACACACACACACACACACACACAGCUGGACUACUAACUAACAGGAACUCUCUGAUCUCGAGCCUCUGGCGGACAGAAAACCGGAGACUCAAGCAUCUAAACAGACUCUGUGAACUCAUGUAAAUAAAGUCUUGAUUGUUAUUUUUAUUAUUACCUGCAUCUGAACUCAAACUGUGUUCACAUCAGUGUGUAAAUAAAGCAGCUGCCGAAACAGCACAGGAUUGAGGACAUGUGUUUUAGCCAAAGACACUUAUGAGAUGAGACGCAUCAAUUCUGGAAUAAAAGAGUUUCUCUUUUGAA